AUGCUGCUGAUUGGCACGAUGCAACUUCAGUGUGCACUCCCGAAGGCUACCAUGAGCACUUCGCAGAUCCUCGUGCUCCUCGCCCUUGUGGCGACGGUGGCUCUGGCCACUGAGACCAAGAAGUCCGACAGCAAAGGGGCCGAGUCAAAGGAUGCCAAGAGCAAACGCGGACUGGAACUGAGUCUGGGCCAUGGUGGUGGCUUUGGCGGCGGCGGUGGUUUCGGCGGCCACGAUUUCGGUGGCUACGGCGGUGGUGAUUUCGGCGGCGGUUUUGGUGGAGGCGGCGGCGGUAGCGGCGGCGGCGGCGGCGGCGGCGAUGGUGGAAGAAUUUCCGGCAUCACGAUCCAUCGCGAGGUCUCGGUGCCAGUUCCGGUGCCCUACACCGUCGAGAAAAGCGUACCAGUGCCUGUACACGUGCCGGUGAAGAUUCCGGUGGACAACCCGAUACCGUAUCACGUACCAAAGCCUUAUCCGGUUCCAGUAGAGAAGACUGUACCAAUCCCGGUGGAGAAACCGGUUCCAGUACCCGUCAAGGUGCCCAUAAAGAUACCCAUCAAGGUGCCUGUUCCAUAUACCGUACCAUAUAAAGUACCUUACCCCGUGGAAAAGGAAUUGCCCUAUCCGGUCAAGGUUCCGGUCGUCGUAAAGGAAUCGUAUCCGGUCCUGGUGCAUGAAGGCGGUCACGGAGGUGGCGGCGGCGGCGGCGGUGGCUUUGGCGGAGGCGGCAGCUAUGGCGGAGGCGGUUUCGGAGGCGGACAUGGUGGAUUCGGUGGCGGUCAUGAACUUGGUUUCGACCUGCAUUGACGAUAGUCUGAUGGCAAUCGAUAUUAAUGAUACUCUUGUAUAUAAUUAUUAUGUUUCCUUUUUUUUACACUGUGCUGUCUUAGCAGAAUAAACAUUAAAUUAUU